GCAUGUCCAGCCGUCAUCCGGAAAAACCGACCAGUACCGGCGGUAUCUUAAAGCAUCUGAGGCAUACAGCCCCGCUGCCGGCGCGCAGCGAGUCAAUGACAUGGCUAUUGCCGCGCAACAGCCUACCGAUCUGGAGCCGGAGGCUGGACUACAACCUGGAGGGAUGCCAGCGGCACAGCGAAGCCGCUCGAUGGCGGAACUACGAUGUGGAGGUGGCGGGACGAAUGUGGUCGCUGUGGGGCGGGCUGCAUCCAUGUGCGCGAUGGUUCGACAGCACGGUGCGUGGCCGUCAGACGCUGGCAGUCUGUGUGGUCGCCUGCUGCGCGGCUAGCACCUUCCGCUCCCUGGGGAUGUGGAGCCCCAAACUGCUCGACGCGAUCGUGGUCAAUGGGGACCGCUACUACCGGACCAGCGUGGAGCAGAGCGAACGAUGGGACCACCUCCUCGGCACCUGCGCUUCUUCGUGCAGAUGGAGCUGGUGGCCUUCGCAGGUGUACAGUGACCCGGCCAGCACAGUUAUGGGACUCCUUGAGGGCCUCAACUAUUUCUUUACCCGAUACCAGUGGGGAGUCCUGGAGUGCCAGGAGCAGCGUCUCGCCUUCGGCCACAGCUCCAGCCGCGAAGGAGGGUACUUCAUAUACGAUUGCUCCGCGUGGGGCUCCCCCAUUUUUCCCGAUAACAUGGGCGCCUCCUACGCUCUGCGAGCCACAGAGCUCCAGGUCCUCCUUUACUGCAUGGUGGUCACUCUGAACGUCCGGCGUCGGAAUGUCGAGUUCCGGCUGUACAAUGUGGACUUAACCCGAGUUUCCGACGGCCCAGGUUCAGAUCCAAAUUCCAAAUAUGAAUCUAAAUAUGAGUAACUUCGUGAGAAGGUCCUGCAUCAAGUGCUUAUUCAAGUUUGGUAUUCCAAUAAAAAGACUCACUUGGUAUAGGAA